GCUGUUGACGGUCACUUUUGAACGUGAAGUCAGUCAACAAAGGUGGCGGCAGCGUCCUACACAUGUAAUCAUGCCCUGCGAGAUUAUUACUCUACAGCUGGGCCAGUGUGGCAAUCAGAUUGGAUUUGAGUUUUGGAAGAAACUCUGCAGUGAACAUGGACUCUCCCCGGAAGGAAGACUGGAAGAUUUUGCUACAGAUGGCACUGACCGUAAAGAUGUCUUCUUCUACCAAGCAGAUGAUGACCAUUAUAUUCCUCGCUCAGUGCUGCUCGACUUAGAGCCUCGUGUCAUCCACUCUAUCAUGAACUCGCCAUACGCUAAGCUAUAUAACCCAGAGAAUAUCUACAUGUCAAAACAAGGUGGAGGAGCUGGAAAUAAUUGGGCUGCAGGUUACAGCCAGGGUGAACGUAUAUAUGAAGAAGUUUUUGACAUCAUUGAUCGUGAAGCUGAUGGCUCUGAUAGCCUUGAGGGAUUUGUACUUUGCCACAGUAUUGCCGGAGGAACAGGGUCAGGAUUAGGCUCCUACAUUCUUGAGAGACUGAAUGAUCGGUUCCCAAAGAAAUUGGUGCAGACCUAUUCAGUCUUUCCAAACCAAGAUGAAAUCAGUGAUGUGGUGGUGCAGCCUUAUAACUCCCUAUUGACAUUGAAGCGCCUCACACAGAGUGCAGAUUGUGUUGUUGUGCUCGACAACACUGCAUUAAACCGCAUUGCCACUGAUCGUCUUCAUCUUUCCAACCCUUCAUUUUCCCAGAUCAAUUCCCUUGUGUCAAACAUAAUGUCUGUCUCCACAGCAACAUUAAGGUAUCCAUCGUACAUGAAUAAUGAUCUUAUAGGGCUUAUCGCCCCGCUUAUUCCAACUCCAAGACUUCACUUCCUAAUGACAGGCUAUACACCCCUCACAACUGAUCAAGAGGUUGCAUCUGUGAGAAAGACAACUGUACUAGAUGUGAUGCGCCGUCUUCUGCAGCCUAAAAAUAUGAUGGUGUCAACCGCUCUGGACCGCAAUACACAACAUUGUUUCAUCUCCAUUCUUAAUAUCAUUCAGGGUGAAGUGGAUCCAACACAAGUGCACAAAUCUUUGCAACGUAUAAGGGAAAGAAAAAUGGCACAGUUCAUCCCAUGGGGACCUGCUUCUAUCCAGGUUGCUCUGUCAAAGAAAUCUCCAUACAUCCAGUCUGCACACAGAGUAUCUGGGCUAAUGCUGGCAAACCACACAAACAUUUCCUCUCUGUUCCAGCGAACUCUACAACAAUAUGACAAACUACGGAAGAGAGAGGCUUUCUUGGAGCAGUUCAGAAAAGAAAACAUAUUUGCAGAAAAUUUGGACGAGUUGGAUUCCUCUCGUGAAGUUGUACAGCAGCUGGUAGAUGAAUAUGUGGCAGCUACAAGCAAAGAUUAUCUGUCUUGGGGUCUCAGUACAGCAUCCACGGAAUCUUAGAAUUAAUAAAUUUUGGUAUUUCGACAAAUGUAUAUUGAUUUUUAUUUUUUAUUUUGCAAGGCUUUAUUAUAAAAUCUGCUGAAAUUAGAAAGCAAGCCAUAUGCAAAAUACAAAUGUCGAAGUAGCUUGCUAGUGUAAUGGGCUGCCUUUGGAUGCAGCACCUGUGUUUUGGCUCCAUACAACUGCCCAUGGUUGGUUGGUUGCUCCACCCUUAGUUCUAUUCUGAUGGUAGCGAGUGUUGGUUCCACGACUAAUAGAACUAAUAGACUAGAACUCCGUUACUAAUGGGAUCUAGUAGCAUGACACUAUCAGAUAGCAGCUUCAGGAAGCCACCAGGGCUCAUCCAGAAAUUUUAGUCUCAUUACAUUUAAUACUGUUUAAAUAAAAACAAUCAAUCUUCCAUUUUGGGGAACCAAAAGCUAUUGGAUAUCUUCCUGCUCAGCCAUUUCUUAGCUAGUUGUGUGUUUCAUUGUUAGUGCAAAGUAGAAGUAACAAAAGAUCUAGAGUUGAUUUUAGGUGUGUUAUAUGCACUUUGAAUUUGUUGUCGUUGUCUCUGAGUAUUCGGACUAAAGUGUCAAUGCCAGUAAAACAUGCCAUCAUGAUGAUGGAAAUUCUAAAUAUAUCAGACAUAUUGCCAAAAAAGCAAGUGUCAAUCAACAGUUUGGUACAUUUUUAAAUGGAGCAAAAAAAUGUACUGGUGAGCUCAGCAAUAGCAAACAACCUGAUAGACCACCAAAGUGGAAGUUUGAUCAAUAUUUUCCAUUGUGAAGGAAAAUGCAUUGCUAACCCAGUGCAAGAGCACUUGGUGUAGGCUAGUUAUGAGUGUACAGUACUGCAUAGUGAGUCUUAGCAUAAAUGUCCAAGGGAUAUGCACACCAUCCACUGCUACUAAAAUCAAAUUUUACUUUUUCUUAAAUAUAAAGCUAUGAAGACCCCCUUAGUCAUGUAACUAAUGUAAUAGGGCAGUCGGCUCACAACAGAUUAGACCAGAGUUUAAUUUCCAAGCAGGGUUAUACUUUUUGGGCAGACUUCUUUAAAUCUGAUGCCUCAGUCCACAGAGUUGACACUUGUGGGUUGCAUUCUCGGGAAGGUAACCUCAAUAAGUCUAAUGGCUUCGUGUCCACAACAAUAGGAAAUCAUUUUGGAUAUAACUGAAGACUAGUAUCUCUAUAGUUCUGGAAAUGUGAAGACAAUUGGUGCAUUGUAAAUGAAAAUAUGAAUUCAGUUGACACCUUAAAUAACAUUUUCCAUUUCAGUAUUUACACGAAAAUUUGUAAGACAUCAAGGAUAUGUAUUUUUUUUUUAUUUCAAUUUCAAUAGUUAAGUUGAUUAGUUAUAAAUGCUGUUAUAUACACUGGACAGUAAAUCCCUGAACCUGAAUGUAAGCAUGUAAAUAUAAUCUUCUAGAAAGUUAGAAUAAGCAGGGGUAGGAUACUACCACCCAGCCAUAUUAACUGUUCAUAUGUGUACAAGAUAGAUUUGAUAGAAUUUUAAAGUUAUAGUAUCAUCCUUCAAUCAUCUCUGCAUAAUCAUUAAAAUAAUCUUAUUUCCUUAAAUCUUUGCCAAGAUUAUUUUUAAGGUUUGCCCAGAACACUAAGCAUACUUAGUGGGCUUGUAAAUAAUUAACACUUGAAUAUAACCUAUGUAUAUUUCUGCUAAUAAAUGAUUUUCUAUAUAUA